AUGGUCAAAUUCAACUUCAGCGUGCCCUUCGGCAGCUUGUUCAAGUACAAGCCCCAAAAAUUUAACUAUGCUUUGGAGCAGGAAAUCAGGUCCAAGUUGGACUCGUUACCUUCAGUAACCAAGAUAUACAGUAACCCAGAUGGAUCGCCUAGAGUGCCUAGUGACAGUGAGUUUAAGACGAUCGCUGAUUUGCAGAAUUUGUACUACCAGCGGAAUUACUCUGAGUGGAAUUUCAUUCUCCCUAGAAUCCCCAAGGAACAGUUAGAGUUGUUCAAGGACAAUACACAAGACUUGAAGAACUUCCAAUUUGUCACUAAAGAUGCUGGUAAAAUUAUUGACAAGAUCCCAUACAAGGAUGAAACUACUGGUGAGCUAAAAUGGAGAGUUGUCAGAGAGACGGAAAAGGCUGAGGGGUGGGAAGUGCCUUACUUCUACAUUGUGUUACCUGCCUUCAUCUACCUCUUAUACUCUAAGUACACGGCUCAGAUGAAGAAGAGACAAUCGGAGGGUCCUGAGUGGGCUGAGAAGGAGUUGAGAUUGAGAGCCAUGGAGGAGUACUUCCAUGGCGACACAGAGAAGGCGAAGGAGUUUUUGUCGAACGAGGGCAAGUCCGAGAGGGAAGUUAGAGACAGAGACGACUUGGUUGUAGCAAGGAUCUUGGCUGGUGACUACGACAAGUUGUCUGAGUUGAAGAAGAAAUUGCCCAAGGAUUUGAUUCCAAAGGUGGAGAAGGAUGAGAAGGUGACAAUCUAA